GAGACGUCAAAGUUUACUUUUCAAAUUAAACUUUUCAUAUUUUGUUCAAAUUGUUGCAAUGUAAUUGGAAUCCAUUACUUCGAAAGUAAAAGUUUUUUUAAAGUCAUUGAACCAACCAAGCCAUCUAUAAAUUACACGAAACUUAACAUCAAACCGAGAAAUGAUAAUCAAGAAAUAUGUUGUUAAAAAGCCUUUUAAAGACUUCUUGCCAGAACCUGGCGACUUCGGCGUAAAAAAUGAAAAAUUUGAUAAACUAAAACACGGUGAGUUUUUAGUUAAAACAGAGUAUAUAAGCACCGAUCCUUACUUGAGAUCUUUCGCGAACAAGCGCGCAGUGCCGUAUGACCAGUUCGGCUUUCAAGUUGGCACAGUGAUUGAAAGCUUGAACCCUAAAUACCCAGUUAAUAUGACCGUAGUUUCACAUUCCGGAUGGCGUGACUACGCAGUUCUGAACGGGCGACCCGAUGACAUAUUUGGCAUUAAACCGUACGACCCACAAAUUGGGAAGUUACCCCUGUCUCUGGCGGUGGGGGCCUUAGGAAUGCCUGGCAUAACAGCCUACCUCGGCUUCUCGGAAAUAUGCAGGCCGAGGGCAGGAGACGUCGUCUGUGUGUCAAGCGCGGCGGGCACCGUCGGCUCUAUAGUCGGCCAAAUAGCCAAAAUGAAAGGCUGCAUCGUAAUUGGAUUUGCGGGUUCUCAAGAAAAAGUUCAAUUCUUACGCGAUGAGUUAGGAUUUGAUCACGCGUUCAAUUAUAAAGAGGUUAAAGAUGUUAAGGCAGCGAUAUUGUCAGUUGUGAAUGGCAUUGACUGCUACUUUGACAACGUUGGAGGCGAGUUGAGUGCUGGGAUCAUGCAGUGCAUGAAGAGGAUCGGGCGCGUCGCCGUCUGUGGUUCCAUAAGUACGUAUGGGAAUGCAACGGACCAAAAAAUGCCGACGGUUCCGAACAACGUUAAAGUACAAUCGUUCAGUUUCACACAAUGGGACUGGGAGCAACAGAAGGCCGCCAUUGACCAGCUAAAGCAGUGGGUGCAAAUAGGUUCCAUUCAAACGAAGGAGUUCGUAGUACAAGGGUUCGACCAACUGCCGGCUGCAUUCAUUGCUAUGCUCCGAGGCGAUAUGAUGGGGAAGGUUGUUGUUAAAAUUUGA